ACUCCUCCUCGUUUAUGCGAAGUGAGUUUUCCCUUUUUGCUUAACUUUUACAUAUUUUCUGAAAAGUCUCACUAAUCAAUAUGCUCCGCUUCAUUAACCGGCGUUUAGCCAUUGGUGCCUACAGUCUUUUUAUGAUAGAGCAGAAAAACAACCCGAAACUGAAGGGUCUCCCCAUUGCGGAGCGAGGCAAAAUGACCUCAAAAAUGUACAAGGCGCUUUCCCCUCAGGAUCGUGACCUCCUCGGGAAACGUGCCGCCGCUCACCCGUCGCCAACACGCUCAAAGAAACUCAAAAGCACUUCGACCGAGAAGAAGAAGUCUAAAAGUCCCCGAAAGGCCAAUGCUUACAUGAAUUUCGUGAAGGAGAACAUGAACAAAUUCGAGAAAUUGCCCCACCGUGACCGUAUGAAGGCGGUGGCAAAGCUCUGGAAGCAACAGAAACAACGCACUAGUCCGUAAUGUGCAACUCACUAACAAAUUUACACUUAUUCUUGGAUCUGAUAUACAAAAUUAUUGUGCACUAUAAUGCAAAAACUUUCAGUCUUUUCCCCAUACUUCAACAUCUUUUGUUUAUAGAUCGUUUUUCCUUUCUCAUCCGUAACAGAGUUUUUUUUGAGUUAUUAUUCUGUAUUUCGUUCUGAGAGAGUAAAAGAUUUAUGAAAAGCUGAAGAGAAAAAGGAGUUUGUCACAUUAGUAAGUGAGGUUUGUUAAUUUCAUAUUUAUAGAGUCUUGAAAUUCAGGAGUGGUGUAAAUACCAGACCUAUUAUUCUCCUUCAAAUAAAUAUGAAGUAUCGAGCUGACUAAAAAUGCUUUUGUUCCAAAGAGGUAGUAUAAUAAUGAUAGCUACCACUAAGCAAUAGAAAAAUUAUAACAAAGGAAGAAGGGGGGAUAAGGAUGAAACUAGAAACGCUUAGUUAGAAACUCUGCAGGUAUAAAUUGCUCGAGUCAACGGAAAAAUGAUCUCCUUAUACAGAUUUUUUUUUUAGAGGCAGCUGCAAAGAGGUGCAAUGACCCUUUGGCGCAUUUUUUACUGAUUAUAAGCAUUUAUUUUACGUUUUCCCUCUGAAUUUGUAUGGCGACAAAAAGAUUCACGAUAAUAGACUUCAUUUAUUCAUUCUGGUACGAUUGCCAUU